CGGUGCGAGCGGGCGGUCCCGGGACAGCGGCGGCGGCGGCGGCGGCAGCAGCUGCUGCAGCGGGAGGAGCCGGAGCGGCUCGCUGCUGCAGCGGGAGCCGCCCCGGCUCGGAGCGCCGCUUGGCCGGGCUGCGGAGCGCGCACCUGGCGCCCGUCGAGGGGGCUCCGGCGUGACUUCGGCGGCCGCGGGGCCCACGCAGCUCCUCUCCGCGCCCGGCAUGCCUGGCUGCAAGGGCUCCUCGGGCUGGGGGCUUUGGGUGGCCCCUCUGGCGGCGCUGCUGUCCCUGCGAGGUCUGGUGAGCCCCCUUGAGGUUUUUAUGAACACACGGAGUGUAGAAGUGGCUCGGGGCCAGACGGCAGUCCUGCCCUGUACCUUCACCACCAGUGCUGCACUCACCAACCUUAACGUCAUCUGGAUGGUCACCCCACUCUCCAAUGCCAACCAACCCGAACAGGUUAUUAUUUACCAGGGUGGUCAGAUUUUUGAUGGUGCACCCCAGUUUUACGGGCGAGUUGGGUUUGCAAUGACAAUGCCAACCACCAGUGCCUCCAUCUUCAUCAACAACACUCAACUGUCCGACACCGGGACUUACCAGUGUUUGGUCAACAACCUACCAGACCGAGGUGGCCGGAAUAUCGGAGUCAUUGGGCUCAAUGUCUUGGUUCCUCCCUCUUCACCAAUCUGCAGGGUUCAGGGCCCUUUAAACAUCGGCAGUGACAUCACACUGACCUGCAAUUCUGAAGAGGGCAUUCCUCGGCCAACAUACUACUGGGAGAGACUGGACAACACUCCCAAGCUGCCUCCAACAGCAACACAAGAUCAAGUUCAGGGUACAGUCGUUCUGCGCAAUAUCAGCACCAUGUCUUCAGGGCGUUAUCAGUGCGUAGCUUCUAACGUCAUUGGAAGCAGCACCUGUUUUCUUGAAGUUCAAGUGAUUACACCGCAUCCACGGAGCAUUGGCCUGAUUGCUGGAGCUGCAGCUGCAGGAGCAGUGGUACUUGUGAUCUGCAUUGUCUUGGUGGCCGUGACACUCUUUUAUUGGAAAAAUAAACACAAGGAAGAAGAGGAGGAGGAAAUUCCCAAUGAGAUAAGGGAGGAUGAUCUGCCACCCAAAUGCUCGUCAUCCACAAAAGCAUUCCAUGGUGAUGCUUCCUCAUCAGAGAAUGACACCCUCACCUCAUCCAACACCUAUAACAGUCGGUACUGGAAUGACCCCAAAGCCAACCAUGCCACAGACUCCUUCCCUCGCCUCAACAAUGAUGCGCGCCAGUCCUUUUCCCGCACUGGGAGCACCAAUACCCGCCCCAUCUAUGCCAAUGGAGGCCACCCAACCCCGCCUCCACCCAAGACAUUGGUGGUGACAACCAACACUGCCCCCUCUCCUCAGGAGAUGUCCAGGAGCAAUGGCUCAGUGAGCCGAAAGCCAAGACCCCAGCACACGCGCUCCUAUGCUGUGAGCCAGGCAACGUUGGAGAGGAUAGGGGCCGUGCCUGUUAUGGUGCCAGCUCAGAGCCGAGCAGGCUCUUUGGUGUAGGCCUGGCUCUAAGGAAAAUGAGAACCUGUUGCACUGAGUGGGGGUGAAGACCUGAUUCAAACAAGAGACUCUCCUCUUCCUGCCCACAGUGCAUCCAAGGGGAAGAUCAGACCUCUCUUCCGAGCUCUCUUGCACCCCCUAUCAAGUAUUUCCCACUGGGUGUGAUGGUUCCUCCCUUGCUACCCCACCCUAAGGAUCUCAGGGGGCUCCUCAGCUGUAGCUGGAUGUGCCAAGGCCAGGGGCAAAGGGGGCAACACAACACAUCUCAGGGGGAUGACACCACAUUUGUUUGCCAAGCUCUGCCUCAUGAAAAGUUGGGAAGGUGGCCACAAGGACGAGUGAGGCAAGGCAGGGCUUGCAGAGCCUUCUGGUCAGUGGAUGGGCCAUUAGAGGAGAGGACUCAACAGCCUAGACUUGGCAUGUCUAUCACAGGGCUCCAAACAAAUGUUGAAAUAGGAGCAAGCGGUGAGCGGCCGGCCAAGCAGGACGAGGCAGAAAGAUAAUCACAAACCAGGCCAAGCAAGAAGAGGAUCGGGGUUUGGGGGUUGGGAAUUGGCUGGAGAAUUAUGUUUGUAUCUUUAUUUCUUCUUUUGAUCUCCCUCACUUCUCUUUGCUAUUUCCCAACUGGAUGUUCUCCCUGCACUAGUUUUUUGGAUGCUUUCUUCCAUCCUUCGUCACCGCCAUGGGCACUGCUGUCACCCCGGCAUCGUCCCCGUUCCUCCCACUUCCCACACCAAGGAGCUGCUUGGUGCCAGAAAUGCUGCUGCUGCUGCUGCUGUUGCUAAGAGGAGGAGUUUGAGGAAUGAUGCAGGAUGGAUGGCUGAAGCCUCCCUUGUUUAGCAGGCUGCUGUGCUUCCCCAGAUGUGUGGCUUCCCUUUCCCAGAGCUGGACUUCAACGCUUAGGCCGUUUGCAUGGCAGGGUCUCCCUACAGGGCCGAUGGGGCUGGCCAAACUUUUGAGGAACAUUCACUUGGAGGUGUCACAUGGAACCUUCGGUCUUUCAGACUUCUUUUUAGUACUGGGGGGAGGGGAACAGAGGAGCGAGCAAGGAGUAACCCAGGGGUGGCUCAUGGCUGCAGUGGUGCCCUUAUCCCCUCCCCCUUUGUGGUCUGGCCAGUUCUAAGCGGCAUCCCAUGGUGGCAGGAUGGUGCAAGGCCCAAUCGCCCUCCCGUCUCCCCUGCCCCUGCAGCUUUCCAGGUUCUGACUCUUGCAAUUUAACUAGCCUUAAUCGAAGUGGAAGGGCUUAGAAGCUGAUGAGGGUCUUUCAUGCCCCAGGGAGGGAUUCAGAGCUGGGGGCCAUUUCCUAAUACCUCGAGGAGGCGGAGCCAAGGGACACUUCAUGGAGUCCCGCUGUCUACACCUGCCUCAUUUGUAAUGCUGACACACUGAUCUCCUUAAAGGGAAAACACUCCCCUCAAAAGCACUGAACGGGCUUUUCCUUCUGCACUGACAAAAGACGUCUUUCCUAUCUAACCCCAGCACUAGGAACGAACGAGGCGGCUUGUUCCACAGGCUCCUCUCCACCUUCCAACAUGCACUGGGAAUGGGGUUUCUAGAGAUCAACCAAGAGCGCUCUUCCACUUCCGCUCUGCCUCACCCCAGCUGUCCUUUUCUUUCAAAUGGACAGGGAGGCCAUCAGGAGAGAGCUAGCUGCCGGCCUGGGCCUUCCCUCUAGACCUGUACAGGAAGCGCCCCUUGGGUUGCACUGGGUUUUGAAGCUUAGCUGAGAUUCUGUGCCUUCUUUGCUUUGGGAAAAUUUCGAUUCUUCCCCUCCCCCACAUGCACACACACUCAGAGUCCCUCCUCCCUCGUGUAGGGCACACACAACUUGCUUGAUCGACUUUUGAGCACACCAGGCAGACAGGUGUUUCCCAGGGAGCAAUCUCUCUCCCCAUGUGCUCACUGCUGGUUUAUCUGGAGUUAGGGGCCCGGGGGGGGGGGCGGCAGGGGAGAGGAAGAGUGGCUUUUAAAACUGUAAUGUGAAAAUAGAAAGCAAAGUAACUCUCUCUCUCUCUCUCUCUCUCUCUCUCUCUCUCUCUGUCCUUUUAUAACAACAAGAAUCGUAAGAGACAUUUCAAAGUGAUGCUGCCUAGAGCAGCCCUAAACUCCAGUGCUCGGAAAGCUCUUUUUUGGGUUCUACUGUUCAUGAGACUGUUUCCUCCUCUUUCUUUGUUCUUUCUAAUUGUCUAAACAAAUUCAAUAAAAAGACUUUUAUUCGUAUAAAAGAGAAA